AUGCGUUACGCAGCGGCUUACGUUCUUGCCACACUUGCUGGUAAUACCAAUCCUGAUGUAUCAACAAUCUCAAAAAUUCUUGGAAGCGUUGGUAUCGAUUGUGACAAUGCGAAAGCACAAAAAGUAAUCGAUGCAUGUAAAGGAAAAAGUGUUGAUCAAAUUAUUGAAGAAGGCACCAAAAAAUUGUCAAGUUUACCAACUGCUAGUGCAGCUGUAGCAUCAACUAGUGGAGCCGCCGCAGUAGCAACAACAACAACAAAUGCUGGUAAAGGUGCUGCUAAAGAAGAGCCAAAGAAAGAAGAAAAGAAGAAAGAAGAAUCAGAUGAAGAAGGAGAUGAUAUGGGAUUUGGUUUAUUUGAUUAA